AUGUCCAUCGACCUGCGGCACGAGCCGCGCGACAGCAUCUCUUCACUCUGCUAUGGGCCUUACCACGCGAAGAGCGUCCUGGCUGCGACAGCGUGGGACAAGACCUUGCGCAUCUACGAUGUCGACGCUAACGAGCAGCUGCACAAAUUCGAGUUCGAGGCUCCGCUCUUGGACGCGUGCUUCUUAGCCGACGGCUCCAAAGUCGUCGUUGGCGGCCUGGAUAAACAAGUUUCCAUCUGCGACUUGCAGACCGAGAAAGUCGUCCCCCUGGGCUCGCACGCUGGAGCCGUCAAGCACUGCAGAUUCCACGCUCUCACAAACGUUGUCUACACUGCGGGGUGGGACGGCGUCGUGAAGGCGUGGGACGCGCGCAUGCCGCAGUCGAUGCCGAUUGGUCAGGGGCAGCUUCACGGAAAAGCUUUCGCAAUGGACAACAGCGACACCUACCUGGUCGUCGCCGACUCGAAGAAACGCACUUACAUCUACGAUCUUCGCCAAGGACCUCAGGGCCUUGCGUCGCCCGACUUCCGAGACCAAAUCCUCAAGUACCAGAUUCGGUCUCUGCGCUGCUUUCCGAACGGCUCGGGCUUCGCCGCAUCGUCGAUUGAAGGCCGCGUUGCGUGGGAGUACUUCGACCCGAACCCGGAGGUGCAGUCCAAGAAGUACGCAUUUAAGUGCCACAGACUCAAGGAGGGGACUGGCGAGGUUGCCUGCCCCGUGAACGCUCUCUCCUUCCAUCCACGCUACGGCACCUUCGCGACUGGAGGCUCGGACGGAGGCGUCUCCGUGUGGGAUGGCCAGAGCAAGAAGCGCCUCUGGCGGCUUCCUGCCUUUUCCACGAGUGUGGCGGCGCUGGCGUUCAACCCAAGCGGGAAUCAGCUGGCGAUCGGCAUUUCUUAUCUCUACGAGAAGGGCCCGAUGUCUUCAGCCCCAGCUCCGCAAAUCGUCGUUCGCUUCGUGAAAGACGAAGAUGUGCGCCCCAAGGCGCUGCAGGCUUAA